AUGUCUGAAUCAAAGAAGGGUCCAAGCGUGGUGGUUUCGCCACAACUUAGCCACACAAGCGAAGAUGAACUCCAUACUGGAGAGGAUAAUGUCUUUGUGGUUAAAGAAGAAGGACCAGACUUUCGUGGAGUUACGUGCUUUGGAGCAGCUGUCUUGAUAGCUAAGUCUCAGUUUGGCCUAGGAGUACUUGGGCUCCCACAAACCUUCCAUGCAUUAGGCUUUGUUCCUGGCCUUAUAAGUCUAAUAGUUCUUUGCAGUAUAAGUACAUGGACAGGAUAUGUUGUGGGAAAAUUCAGGAUUCGUCAUCCACAUGUCUAUAGUAUUGGCGAAGCUGCUGAAAUGAUGUUUGGCAGCGUGGGAAGAGAGUUUAUGGGUGGAGCUUAUUGGCUAUUCUAUGCUCUCUGCUACGGUGCCUCCGUUCUUACAUUGUCCAUAGCGUUCAAUACUUUAAGUGAACAUGCUAUUUGUACAACGGCUUGGGUAGGUAUUGGUGCCAUUAUAACCCUUAUACUCGGUACGGCAACAAGGACUAUGAAAGUCAUGUCGUGGUGUGGAUACCUUGCGAUUGCGUCUAAGAACUCUUUCGUUCAUUGGUCGACUUGGGUAUCUAUGAUGACCAUUGUAAUUGUAUUUGGGUUUGUCAUUGCAAGUGCAAUUCCUUUCUUUAAUAACCUUUUGGCACUUAUUGGCGCUUUGCUAGGAACCAGCUUUACUCUUAUUGUUCCUGGCUGUUUGGCGUUGUACGAAAUGAGUGGGUACGAGAAGAAGAAUGGUGACUCUACACUCAUGUGGAUAAGUAGCUGCAAAAACAGAUGGAAAGUAAGUCGGAAGAACUACAUCACCUUGUUUGUUGCAACCUUUGCAAUUGUUUUUGGAAGCUUUAUACUAGUAUCAGGAACCUAUGGUGCUGUGCAAUCCAUCAUGGAUGCUUAUGAGAACGGAACAGUUUCAAGGGCGUUUGAUUGUGCUGAUAACAGUUAG